CUUGUCCUAGAUCCGCCUUAAGCGGGGAAGGACGCCUCGCGUGGGGUGCAGGAGAUGCUGCUCCGGGCUGGGGUUCGCCUUUGCGCGCCCAGCCUCCGACUGUGGCUGCGGGUCUCCGGGAGAUGUCAUGCGCUCCUGCUUACCGGGAAGCAUCCUGGAGUCCUGGAGCCGGGCCAGCGCUCCGUGGCUGCCCUAUGCAGGCCGCGAGUCGGGUGGCGUGGAGCUCCGGGAUCUCUCUCCGCGAUCGUGGGGAGCGAGCAGGUUCCAUCUUUCCAUGUGCAGCCUCUUCGCUGCUUCAGCACAUCCUCCCUGCAUGAAGAUUCUGAACAUGGCAGAUUAGUUUAUCGUGGAAAUUUGGCAAAGGCAGUGCUAGGCGUGAAGUUCUUCUCUUACACUACCAGCAUGUUUAGUCUUGGCAUGAUACCUAUUAUCUUCUACAAAACUGGUGUGGCUGUCGACAACCUUCCCUUGCAAGUUAUGUUUUACAGUGUUAUAGGAUUCUUUACAUUUGUAACUCCAGUUACCCUGCAUUUGAUUACAAAGGGCUACAUCAUCCGCCUGUACUAUAAGCCUGAAACAGACACGUACACAGCUAUUACGUAUAAUGCUAUUUUGGCGGAAAAGAAAACUGUGUUCCAUCAAAAGGAUGUGAAGGUUCCCAGCAUCAGCAAGAUGUUCACGUCUUUUUAUGCUAAAACGAAAUCAAUGCUUGUUAACCCUAUGCUUUUUCAAUAUCCUCAAGACUAUAAUCACCUUAUGGGUUAUGACAAGCCCUUUGACUUCGAAGAAUCAAAAGAAUCCAGCGAAGGGAAAUAGAUGUUUCUGAAUAAAAUGUGUGUAUACGUGCAGACUAUUCAGAAUUCUUUCAUAGAGUCCAGGAUACAAAACCCCAGAGCAGUUUUUUUUCUUCAUUAAAAGUGGUAGGUUCAGUAAAAGGAACACUGAUUAAAAUGAAUAAAACUGAAGUUGGUUACAAAAGGAAUUUACAUAAAUGGGAUGAUGUUUGGUCGAUCUUU